AUGGGUGCUUUUUGCAAUGGGGAUUAUUGUAUGAUAGGCAAUUAUGCCCCAAGAUGGGGAACACUUGAAUGGGGAAAACCACAAAUUGUUAAAGGUUGUCUUUCUGGUACAAUGAUAAAUAAAAAAUUAACUGAUCAUUGUGAGGUUGCUGAAGAUGGUGAUAAAUUAUUUGCAUGUUUUUGUAAUAAAAAAUCUAAUUGUAAUGGUGGUAUGGCACAAAGAAAAUUAGAUGAAGAACCUAUUCCUUUACUUCAAUGUGCUUGUAAAGGUUCACAUUGUAAAGGUAAAACUUGUUUAGGAGAAUUAUGUUCUUAUGUUAUAAAUCAUAAGACAAAAAAAGUUGAACAAGGUUGUGUUAAUGCUUCUAUACCUUUAAUAGAACGACGAACAGCUGGUUCGUGUAUGAUGCCACCAAUUACAGGUGCUAUGCAUCAUACAGUUGCUAAGACAGCUGAAGAUUUAUUAACAACAGAAUCAUGUGUAUGUGGAACAGAUUUUUGUAAUAGUGAAAAACCAGAAAUAACAACUAAAGAAAAUAUGAAAUGUCCUACUAGUGUUAAAGCUGAAGUUAUGGGAACAAAAAUGACUAGUAGAAAUGUUUCAUGUACUGGUGAAUAUUGUUAUAAAGUUAGAAUUCGUAGUGAACUUGGACAUAUGACAUAUUAUGAUACUUAUGGAUGUGUAAGUUUUAUUGAAGGUGCUGAAUUAGCUGAAGAAGUUAAUCCUGUUGGAUGUGCUAAAUUUGAAAGUGAAAAUUUAAAAGUUGAAGCUUGUUUUAAAACUAAUGAUAAAAAAGCUAUUCAAAGAGCUAAAGCUAAUGCUGAACAAGUAUAUAGAAAAGGUUCUAAAGGAAAAUAUGGAAAAAAACCAUUAAAAAUGGAAAUUGAGGAAGAAUUUGAUGAUAGUAGUGAUGAUAAUGGUGGUGAAGAAAUUGAAGAAAAAAAACCUGUUAGAGAAAGAGGUAAAGAAAAAGAUAAAAAUAAAAAUAAUAAAGAAGAAAUUGAUGAAGAUAAAAAGGAAGAAGAAAUUGAAAAAAAUGAAGAAGAAAAUAAAAAAGAGGAAAAUGAAGAUGUUGAAAAAGAAGGAGAAGAAGAAGAAGAAGAGAAUGAAGAAGAAGAUGAAAAGAAUGAUAAUUCAAAUGAUGAUGAAAAAGAAAUGUCAACACCACAUUAUAUAUUUGAACGUGUAACAAAACCCCCACCAGAAGAUGAUUCAAAUGUUACAUUAAUUACCGUAUUUGUCCUUGUUAUUCUUUUAAUCCUAUUAAGUGGAGCUGUUUGGAAACUAGAACUACACAAAAAACUUAUGCGUUCCAGUUAUGAUACAGUUGCUGGAGGAUAA